CGGCGUCCGGCAGCCCCGGGGCAGCUGAGGAGGAGCGUGGAGGCGGUGGCUGGAACCGCGCAGCACACGGGAACGCGCCCCGCCGCCUGCUCCGCGCCCGCAAGUCGCGGGAUCCCCACCGAGCUGUCUGCGGUUCCUGUGGCUUGUCCUGUCACCUGCUGCACCGAUAACUACAAGAAGCCAGAGACUGCUUCUCAGUCAGUUGCCGCUCUCUCCAGAACUGCCUCGAAUAGAGACACGUGGCCAUCAGUAACCAUGAGCAACCCAUUUGCACACCUUGCUGAGCCGUUAGAUCCUGCACAACCAGGAAAGAAGUUCUUCAAUUUGAAUAAAUUAGACUAUUCAAGAUAUGGACGCUUACCGUUUUCAAUCAGAGUUCUCCUGGAGGCAGCCGUUCGGAACUGUGAUAAGUUUUUGGUGAAGAAAGAAGACAUUGAAAAUAUCCUGAAUUGGAAUGUCACGCAGCACAUGAACAUAGAAGUGCCAUUCAAACCCGCCCGUGUCAUCUUGCAGGACUUCACGGGUGUACCAUCUGUGGUUGACUUUGCUGCAAUGCGUGAUGCUAUGAAAAAAUUAGGGGGUGAUCCAGAGAAAAUAAACCCUAUCUGUCCUGUUGAUCUUGUAAUCGAUCACUCCAUCCAGGUUGAUUUCAACAGAAGGGCUGACAGUUUACAGAAGAAUCAAGACCUGGAAUUUGAAAGAAAUAGAGAACGAUUUGAAUUUUUAAAGUGGGGUUCCAAGGCUUUUCGAAACAUGCGGAUUAUCCCUCCCGGCUCAGGAAUCAUCCACCAGGUGAAUCUGGAAUACUUGGCCAGAGUAGUGUUUGAUCAGGAUGGAUAUUACUACCCUGACAGCCUCGUGGGCACUGAUUCGCACACGACCAUGAUUGAUGGUUUGGGCGUUCUUGGCUGGGGUGUGGGUGGCAUUGAAGCAGAAGCUGUCAUGCUGGGUCAGCCUAUCAGUAUGGUGCUUCCCCAGGUGAUUGGCUACAGGCUGAUGGGAAAGCCCCACCCUCUGGUAACAUCCACUGACAUCGUGCUCACCAUUACCAAGCACCUCCGCCAGGUUGGGGUCGUGGGCAAAUUUGUUGAGUUCUUCGGGCCAGGAGUAGCCCAGUUGUCCAUUGCUGACAGAGCUACAAUCGCCAACAUGUGUCCAGAAUACGGAGCAACUGCUACCUUCUUCCCGGUUGAUGAAGUCAGUAUCAAGUACUUGGUGCAGACAGGUCGGGAUGAAAGCAAAGUGAAGCAGAUUAGAAAGUAUCUUCAGGCUGUAGGGAUGUUCCGAGAUUACAGUGACCCCUCUCAAGACCCAGACUUCACCCAGGUUGUGGAAUUAGAUUUGAAGACCGUAGUGCCUUGCUGCAGUGGACCCAAAAGGCCUCAGGACAAAGUUGCUGUGUCUGACAUGAAAAAGGACUUUGAGAGCUGCCUUGGAGCCAAGCAAGGAUUUAAAGGAUUCCAGGUUGCUCCAGACCAUCAUAAUGACCAUAAGACGUUUAUCUAUAAUGAUAGUGAAUUCACCCUUUCUCAUGGAUCUGUGGUAAUUGCUGCCAUUACUAGCUGCACAAACACCAGUAAUCCAUCUGUGAUGUUAGGAGCAGGACUGUUAGCGAAGAAAGCCGUGGAUGCUGGCUUGAACGUGAAGCCUUACGUGAAGACCAGCCUGUCCCCUGGAAGUGGUGUGGUCACCUACUACCUGCGAGAGAGUGGAGUCAUGCCUUACUUGUCUCAGCUGGGGUUUGAUGUGGUGGGCUAUGGCUGCAUGACCUGCAUCGGCAACAGUGGACCCUUACCUGAGCCCGUGGUAGAAGCCAUCACACAGGGAGACCUUGUAGCUGUCGGAGUACUCUCUGGGAACAGAAAUUUUGAAGGUCGAGUUCAUCCCAACACCCGGGCCAACUAUUUGGCCUCUCCUCCUUUAGUAAUAGCGUAUGCAAUUGCUGGGACCAUCAGGAUUGACUUCGAGAAAGAGCCAUUGGGGACGAACGCGAAGGGGCAGCAGGUGUUUCUGAGAGAUAUCUGGCCAACUCGUGAGGAGAUCCAGGCAGUGGAGCGGCAGUACGUCAUCCCUGGGAUGUUCACAGAGGUCUACCAGAAAAUAGAGACUGUGAAUGCAAGCUGGAAUGCCUUAGCAGCCCCAUCAGAUAAGCUGUAUCUCUGGAAUCCCAAAUCCACAUACAUUAAGUCACCACCAUUCUUUGAAAACCUGACUUUGGAUCUGCAGCCCCCUAAAUCUAUAGUGGAUGCCUAUGUGCUGUUAAAUUUGGGAGAUUCAGUAACGACGGACCACAUCUCUCCAGCUGGAAAUAUUGCAAGAAAUAGCCCUGCUGCUCGCUACUUAACCAACAGAGGGCUAACUCCACGAGAAUUCAACUCCUAUGGCUCCCGCCGGGGGAAUGAUGCCAUCAUGGCACGGGGGACAUUCGCCAACAUUCGCUUGUUAAACAGAUUUUUGAACAAACAGGCACCACAGACUAUACAUCUGCCUUCUGGAGAAACUCUUGAUGUGUUUGAUGCCGCUGAGCGGUACCAGCAGGAAGGCCAUCCCCUGAUCGUCCUUGCUGGCAAGGAGUAUGGCUCGGGCAGCUCCCGAGACUGGGCAGCCAAGGGCCCUUUCCUGCUGGGAAUCAAAGCUGUCCUGGCUGAGAGUUACGAGCGCAUUCACCGCAGUAACCUGGUUGGAAUGGGGGUGAUCCCCCUUGAAUACCUCCCUGGUGAGAACGCAGACUCCCUGGGACUCACAGGACGGGAACGAUACACCAUCAUCAUUCCAGAAAACCUCACACCACGGAUGCAUGUCCAGGUCAAGCUGGACACCGGGAAGACCUUCCAGGCCGUCAUGCGGUUUGACACCGACGUGGAGCUCACUUAUUUCUACAAUGGCGGCAUCCUCAACUACAUGAUCCGCAAGAUGGCCAAGUAGGCGCUCGGUUCUUAGGAAACCUGUACUUGGUGCUGCCCCAGGGAGAAGGCCCAGCUGCUAGCCAGCAGAGACUCUUCUGCAGGAGCUCUUUCCUGCCUCCACCGGGGGCUCCUGCCUCACAGAUGGCGAGUGAGCACUGGGGUUUGGUGCCAAUCCUAGAGGCACAAAACCAGAAGUUUCUACACUCUCUACUUUCCUCUGUCUUUUUCUAGAAUUCCGAAGCUAGAACUGUGGGAAUGUCAGUAGUGCCAGAAAGAAAACCGAGUUCCUUUUUAAAGUUACUGAUCAGAGGGGGCUGAUUUUUUCACUCUUAACUAUUAAUCUUGAGCUGAACACUAGCAGGUGUCGCCUACCCAUUUUAUUCCUGUUAUCCUCUGCUCAAUGAAACCUUUCCCUGGAGGGCCAUUUUCCCUUGUUAUACCAGUGUUAACUGACAUAGGUAGAUGAGAACUUUUCAGACUUCAAAUCAGUGAUUAUGAUCCCUCCAUUUCCUUCGGAAUCAAUGAUCCAGAAGCCUCGCAGAUAAAUCAGAUGUUGAAUUUUUUUGAUUAUGUACCUUUGAUAAAAGAAAAAUGAAGUUUU